AUGAGAAUGCUCUGUUGUGAGGCAUUUUUGUUACACAAAACAGAAGAAUAUGAUAGCAACCACGAUGAUGGUGCAAGUGACCAAACAGAAGAGGAUGGUGGCAACCACGAUGAUGACUUGAGUGACCAAACAGAAGAGGAUGGUGGCAACCACGAUGAUGACUUGAGUGACCAAACAGAAGAGCAUGGUGGCAACCACGAUGAUGGCUUGAGUGGCCAAACAGAAGAGCAUGGUGGCAACCACGAUGAUGGCUUGAGUGACCAAACAGAAGAGGAUGGUGGCAACCACGAUGAUGGUGCGAGUGACCAAACAGAAGAGGAUGGUGGCAACCACGAUGAUGGUGCGAGUGACCAAACAGGAGAGGAUGAUGGCAACCACGAUGAUGGUGCAAGUGACCAAACAGAAGAGCAUGGUGGCAACCACGAUGAUGGUACGAGUGACCAAACAGAAGAGCAUGGUGGCAACCACGAUGAUGGUGCGAGUGACCAAACAGAAGAGCAUGAUGGCAACCACGAUGAUGGUGCAAAAAAAUAA